AUGUCUCUAGCACAGCUCUCGCAGCUUCUGCCCCUCCAGGACUCGGAAUUACAACAGGUCCUAGACUACGCCGCCACCCUGUCCAAGUCCGAGGCCGUCUCCCACUUUAGCAACCUGCUCGGCGACUCACCCGAAGUGGCCACCUUUAUCGCUACCUUCAAUUCGCGGCGCAAGGAUCCGUACCAGAGCGAGCCUGCCACUGCCUCGCGGACGACUGCAGCUCUCUCAACAGCCGGCCCCUCGUCGGACCGUGUGCCGAAGUUGAACCGCCAGUCCGGCAAGAAGAAGAAGCAGGCGCAGAUACAUACGCCCGAGGCGCGGCAGGUAAAUGACUACGGUGCGCCUUCGGGAACCGUGUAUAGCAAGAAGCAGACAGAUCUCGAGUACAUACCGCGGACGACACAGCAGCAUAACCAGUCUAGCACGCCCUCCAGCAACAAUGCAUCCAGACCUGGCACACCCAAGCCCGCAGCGCCGUCGGCAGCAGCACCGCCGCCAGCGCCCAAACAACAGCCUGCAUCGGCAGGAUACCUGAUAUCUGAUGUGGCUUCAAAAUCAAAGUCUAAAUCAGCACUCGCCCCCAAGGGUUCGGCGCCUAAACCAGCCAAGGUGUCCAUCUCUGGCGGUACACCAAUGGCAGGACAGUCGACGGCGCUGGCAGACCUGGAAGCAGCCAUCCGAGCGCUAGAAAUCACUACCAACCCGAAGUUAGACAGCCCCGACGCACGCCGAUGCAACUGUGUGGCGACUCGUCACCCCCUCCAGGGUGCAGCGCCCAACUGCCUGUCGUGUGGAAAGGUGAUAUGCCUCAAGGAGGGUUUGGGGCCGUGCACAUUCUGCGGAACACCACUACUCAGCCGAGACGAGGUGCAGUCCAUGAUGAGAGAACUCAAAGAGGAGCGGGGACGGGAGAAGAUGGCCGCCGACGCCAAGGCCCACCGACGGCCCGAGGUAUCCAAGGCUCCCGCGCCAUUCACCAAGCGACGCGAGGGCCCGAUGGAUGCGUCCCUAUCUGAGGCGGAGGCCAAGGCGCGCGAGCACCGCGACAGGCUUCUGGGGUUCCAGGCGCAGAACGCCCAGCGUACGACUGUACAUGACGAGGCUGCCGAUUUCGACGUGGGCACCCCCGGAACGGGCAGCAUGUGGGCUACGCCCGAAGACAGGGCUCGCGAGCUCAAGAGGCAGCAGAAGAUGAUGCGUGAGAUGGAGUGGAAUGCUCGGCCGGACUACGAGAAGCGCCAGCAGGUGGUCAGCAUUGACCUCGUGGGCGGGAAAGUGGUGCGCCGAAUGGCCAACAAGGAACGACCGUCCACUCCUGAUGAAGAAGAUGACGACAGCACUGUUGCUCAAGGCGGCGGCGUUGUAUUGUCCGAGUCUACGGGGAAUAGGAGUGGCGGAGCUUUUAGCAGUAAUCCCUUGCUCGGUGCACUGAUCAAGCCCGUCUUUGAUGCCAAGGGAAAGGGCGCGGACGCCGAGGGACGGCCGCAGAAGAAGGGCUGGCGGAGAGUACAAGACGACCUGGAGAAUAACGAACAUGUCAUCUUGGAUGGGGGUGUCUACGGUGGUGGUGCGAGUGAUGAGCCGGAACGUGGAUGA